AAGAGUAUGCAUAAAUAAAGAAAAAAAGCCUACCAAAAUGGUCGGAAACAACUCAAGUUUAUCCUAUCCGAAGGAGAAGAACAAUGAGUAGAACAAAGGAAGAAGGUUUGAACCUGAAAAAAAUAAAAAACUAACCUAAACAAAACAAAAUAACAAAAUUAAUUCCUCUUGAAUGCCUAUCAAAGAUCCUACCAAGAUAGUAUUCAAGAGGACUUGAGAACAAAAACAAUAACAAGCUUUACAAUCAAUGAGGAGGCCUGUCCAAAUGUUCAAACUUUACAAAAAAUUCACUAACACAUGACUAAACUCAAUACUUUGCAGCCACAAGCAGAAGGGAUGGAUCAGAGCGAGCCAAAUAGGAGGGUAUACAACGUAAUAUUUCUAGAUAAGAGCCUGAGGUGAGCCUUCUUGAAACACUGAAACAAAGCAAAACCUUCAGUAGAGAUGAUUCUUGGCCAAGGGGACAGCAAGCUGAUUCUAGAGUCAGGGGGAAGAGCAGCAGCAAAACCAUUACAAGAAGAAAUUCCCAGGAGCAGAUUGGAUGCAGACUGCAGAAGACAUUCUGCAGUAAUCCCGGUGAAAACAGAGUUUUUCGAAGGAAUUCUGCAGAUCAUGACAGCAGAAUGAAUUCCAGGCAAGCAAAUAAGUUUUAUCCAACAAAAAUCUGCAGAAGAAAGCUGCAGAAUAUUCCAGGCAGUUCCAGAAAGGCAGAUCAGAUUCAUGUAGUAAAGCAGAAAAAAUAUUCCAGCGCAGCAGUCCAGAGUCUUCCAAGUUGCAGCAGAACCUGAUUAGUUGAGGAGCCAAAAAAAAAAAAAAAAAAAACGUUUUGCCUAUUGUUACAUCAAUAUCAUGAUGACACAUGAUAUACAUUGAGAAGAAAAGUUCAGGCCUUUUAUUGGUUACAUCAAUUAUCAACAUCCAUCUUUAGUAUCUUUCAUUCAUUUGUUUACUUUUCAUUUUGGGUUCUACAAGGAAGAAAGUUGGUCGAGUUGUUGAAUUACCAAAGGCAAAGGAGAUGAAAGAGCAAUUAGAUGGAAGAACAAUUGUUGCAUCACCUAGAAUAUGAUGUGAAUCAGGAAGAUGUGUCGACCUUUUUCUCUCAAUAUGCUAAGGUUAAUAGCGUGAGGUUGCCUCGGCAUGUAGCAGAUAAAAGGUUGUUUUGCGAUACUGUUUUGAUUGAGUUUUCAACAGAGGAAGAUGCAGAAAACGUUUUGAAGAAAAGCUUGGUUUAUGCAGGUGUUGAUCUAGAACUGAAGCCAAAGAAAGAAUUUGAUGAAGAACAAGCCAAGGAGGUCAAGAAGUUGAGAAAUUUUGUCCACAUAUGCAUUCGAGUCACAAAAACAAUUCAAAUCCUGAAGCAAAGUAAUUUAGAACACUAUAUGAGCUCUAUUUGUCCUAGUGUCCACUCCAAAGCAAACAAUCAUAACCAAAUUUUCUGCACUCAUGAUGAUGGUUGUUAUCCGAAGGCCUUAAUUGUUGGAUUCACAUUGAAGAAUGCAGUAAGUCGGGACAAAAAUGAGACUUGUGAGACAGCUGAUGAUAGUGCAAAUAAAGUAAAUGGAGAACUAGAUUCCACAGAAAAUGUUACUAAAGAAAAUGAGCAGAUGGGCAGAUAAUGAAGAUGGAGAGAAGACGUAUGAAUGAAGAUUCCAUGGAAAGGGGAAAAGAAAGAGAAGAGAAAUCUGCAGUUGCUGCCUAUAAGGAUGUCAUGAAUGUCAUGCAUGAGGAUUUGAAGGGUGUUUUCAAAAAAUUUGGCACUGUUAAGAAAAUCAUAUAAAAGGACCUGGAGAAGUAGAUGACAUGACAAAAUUAAAGAAGAGAGGCGAUAUAGCAACGAAGUCAAAGAUGAGAAGACAAAAAAUUGUACCGACACUAUCAUCAACAUCUUCUAUCACCAUCACGUCCUUCCUUUUAUGUCUUUUUCAUUAAAAUCAAAAACCUAAACCUUAAUUUAUCAUUCACACUUGUCAUCAACACCAAUUUGGACAUCCGAAAAAGAACCCAAACAAAACACCAAUUGGAAAAUAACAAUUUUAUAACAGGCAAAAAUAAGAUUCUAGCCUCGCUAAUUACUUUGAAAGUUUAAUUUUUUUGUUAAAUAUAGGGUUCAUUUUUUAUUUUAAAAAAAUAUAUAAAUUUUAGAGUUAGUAUUGUAAGAAUUUUAUAAAUAUUCAAGAGACAAACUUUA